UUUUGGUUGGGAGCCACCAUUUUGGCAGUCAACAUGACCACCGGUGCCAGUGUUUUCUUACCGAGCGAGUAUACUUCUCAUUUUAAUUCAAGUGAAAUUCGGCUUUAUAGUACAAAAUUAGAGAGAUUAAAUAUAAGCGACCCAUAUAAUUCACCCGGUGUGCUUUUCAAGAGCAUAACCUCCUGCUCUGAAGACGAUGUACCCGACUUGCGCUACGCAGACAUCCACAGCUAUCUUGUAAGCUUUCCAUCAGUGUACUCAGGAGACUCCCUCAGAGCGUACAAAAGCUUGGAGGCUUACAAAUGGUGUCAGUCCGGCUUCGUAAACAACAUUCAACUGUGGAGUCUUACAUCCAAAAACUUCGGCAUCAUCACUGCAAGGGUUAAUCACUCCCAAAGGCUUAAUGAAAGUCAACUAAAGCCAUGGGUGGUGGUGAGGAACGACGGUGUUGUGCUGGGAGCCCACUGCAACUGCACAGCGGGACUCGGGGAGAGCUGCUCUCAUGUGUCAGCUGUUCUCUUCAGUCUGUGGGGAAAAAACAACGCAAGGCACGAGGAGAUCAGCUGCACAUCCAAAAAAUGCAAGUGGGCCUCUCCCAGUGAGGAUGCUGCGAAGAAUGUGGAGUACCUGCAGGGCAAGGACAUCAUAUUCAACCAUACUCAACAAAAUAAAAAGGGGAAUUCCACCAAGGGUACCUCUGCGCCCCCAUCUUUCCCACCCCUGACUGCUGCUGAGCAAACACAGUUCUACCAAAAUCUCUCACAGUGCCGGACUCAAGAUGGGAAGUCCUGCAGACCUGCAGUCCUGUCAGUUGUUCGCGGGUACGCCACAUCCUAUGUACCCAAGGCUGUCAAGCUAGAGAUGUUCUUAAAGAUUCUCUUUCAGGCCACACCACUAGGCUUGGCACCAGAUCCCGGGCGAGUGGUGUUCAACAGGAGGGAGGAGAGAGAGAGGCAGACACCAGCAGCAGCAGAAACCUCGACAGUAGACCUGAACACCCAGACACCACGUUCCCGUGCAAGCCAAGAGACGACGCCUCGGAUUGCAAGGCUGACGCGCAAAUCCACACAGCAGAAGAGGGCGAUUCACCUCCGAAAAGAAAGUGCUCUUCUGAUUCAAAUCAGAGAACAGACCAUUAGUGGCAUAGGAAUGGGGGGUGGUGAUGGUGAUGGUGGGCGGUCACAGGACUGA